AUGGCUCCUAACAUGUCGCUCCACAGCGUCAUCGCUGUCCUCAUUCUUUCCACCGACACAUCGGCCGAGUCGUCGAGAUUGUUCGCCAAAUAUUACACUGCUCCUCAUACCUCUGCCGCUCAACCUACCCCUCCACAACCAUAUGCCUCCUUGAAGGAGCAGAAGGCCUUUGAGAAAGGGCUGCUAGAAAAGACAGCAAAACAGACGUCAGACGUGAUACUUUAUGACAACAAGGUGGUGGUGUUCAAAAUGGAGAGCGACACGAUGCUGUAUGUGGUUGGGAACUCGGACGAGAAUGAGAUACUGUUGUACAAUGUCGUUCUGGCGUUGAGGGAUACGCUCAGCAUUCUUCUCAAAAACUCCACCGACAAGCGAACAAUCAUGGAGAACUAUGAUCUGGUCACUCUGGCUAUUGACGAGAUCAUCGACGAUGGUAUUGUGCUGGAGACCGAUCCUGUCAUGGUCGCGUCCAGAGUGAGCAAGGCACCGGCUCAAGAUGCCCCGAAUAUGAAGAACAUCGAUCUCAGCGAACAGGGCAUACAGAACCUUUGGGAAUUCGGCAAGAAGCAGGGCAUGGAAUUCGUCCGGAGAAACUUAUGA